UCCAUCCGCGUGUGUUGUGCUGGCAAGAAGGAUCCUCAGUCUGUUGGUGAAAACGCUCCGAGCCAUGACACGCUGAGGGAUAAUGGCCUACUACGGGACUUACGGAUCGUAUUUGACAAGCGGAGCUGCCCACGGGACGCCUUCACCCAACAGAAAUGCGUUUCCUACGAAUAGUCAUUUGACGAACAGUGACCGAUCUCCGAGUAGAACCAGCGACCCAUACGGCUCACCUUACCCGAGGACAUGGCAGAUGCCCAAGAAGGCGACUUUCUAUUGCAAACGCCCCUCAUUCAAAGAGCAACAACAUUCCUCUGAUAGGAAUUCUAGGUUUGCGGAUUACCACAACUCUUACAGCUGGACUAAGGACAUCCACCGUUCCCUUAGCCCCUGCUAUGGGGACUACAGCUACUUGCAAAAAGGAGUGGACCGCAGUCCAGUCCGUCGCUCCCAAAAAUCUGCGAGGACUUUCAUGCCUUCCAGUAACACAGUAUGGACAGACCUGUCCAAGAGGUUCCCGAAAGUACUCCGAUACUCCAGUAAAACAGGGGAAAGUUAUAAGAAAUGCGAUGCCACAUAUGCGUCCUCUUAUAACCGCUCAAAUAUUCCAGAAGCAAGCGGGGGUUGGAGGGCCAGGCUUGCCCAGCAGGGCUACGUGGCCAGUACACGGAAAAUCGUUCGGCGACCCUGCCUACCUGAGCGCAAGUGGCACUACCUGGAUGAUGAGGAAGCUGAGGAGGAAGAGGCUGGAUACGAGUACCGAACGAGCCGUGGAACGCUCCCGGAAUCCGACGAGCAGCAGCAUGACAGCGUCAUCAGCCGGAUGAGGAGAAUGAAACUGCAAAAGCUGUCGGACGAGAGAGCUGUCGAAGAGAUCGCCGUACAGGUAGAUGAAGAAGACAUGAAACUGUCCAUAGAGCAAGAGGAGAGACGAGCGCAGAGGAGCUUCAUAUCGUCAAGGCACCAUUCGUGGUACGACACUGUACCAAUAAAUUACAAGAAAUAUCUGUCACCGAUACCAUGGCGAGGCACUUAUAUCUCAUCACGGUAUUCUAGGAUGGAGGACCCAGAGAACAAGGAAACUUCUCCUAAUCCGGACCAGGCAGAUGCCAACAAAGACUUUAGAAAAUCCGUGCUCAACGUCGAUUUGUCUCAGACAGAGGCGGAACUUUUUGCACAAAGGCAAGCCGAAACCAGAUGGAGGAAAGCUAUAGAAGAUAGUUACUGUACAUCAGAAGAUGGCUCGCCUAGUGAAACAGGCUACGACUCAUCGUACACAGAUGCAGACAGAUCUAGUUGUGAGACAGAGGGUUUCUUCACUGAUUCUCUAGACAGGUCAUAUGCGUACAGAAGUUCCCAAAGGAGUUCUCCGCUUGGGGAAGAUGCCCAUUUCCUCGAAAGUGCUGUCACCGUUGAAGGAACUUUCUUUCCUGAAUUCAAGCUCAAUGAUCAAGAAAUCCAAAGACUCACAGAGCAAUUUGCGGAUAGCACGGAUCUGACAAGCGAUGCCGAUGCAGAGGGAGCAUCGGAUGCAAUUCCACAUGGGGACAUCAUUGCUGAAAAUUUGUGCUUCAGAUUCAAAUCGUUGACAGAAGAAUCCUCUCAGAGGGAUUCUGGCUUUUCAGAGGUCUAUAACAAUUGUGAUUCGCCUAGUUUCAACGUUCAGCCUGACCAGGUAAUGGUGAGUUCGCAGCAGCAAUAUAGUGAGGCCAGGGAAGAUGUCAUCAGCGGCUGCUGUGAUGUUGACCAGCUACUAAUGGACAAAGACAUGAACUACACAUCUUUUCAAACGUUUGAGGAUUUUGAUCGAAUGAUAAAUCUGCACAAAUCCAAUGUUAGAACGAGAAUGACUUGCAAUGAGGAUGCUUUACACCGUGAGCCAAUGCGACUAGAUUUGCAGUCCUGCAGUAAGUUCAUCGGCAAAUGUCAUGACAUAGACGAGAUGCUGGGGAUGCCCACGCCCCUGAGCCCUGACUCGGAGGACACGACUCUUCAAGACAGUCGAUUCAUUCAGUAUGAGGAGGAAGCGGACGGCGGGAGUACCAUCGCCACAAGUAUCAUUGGUGGUUCAGAUAUCGCAAAUCUGGCCUGGGUCGUGGACCAGGAAGAGAAGAAAGUUUUGAAAAUCCCUCAGAGAACAUGGAAUAAUCACGAGUUAGAUGACUGUACUUUGCAACUCUACAGAUACAAUGGGUGCGAAGGGGAUUACGGGAAUUACUUGGAUCCAGAAUCGACCAUCGAUGAACAGGCUGAAGAUUUUGAGGAUUUCCACAACAACCGAAAGAAUGCCAUCAUCUUGAGGACGCAGCUCUCAGUGCGGGUCCACGCCAUCAUCGAGAAACUUCUUAAUUCCACUGGCCGAGAGCUGAGAAGAGCCCUCUUCUCCCUCAAGCAGAUCUUCCAGGAUGACAAAGACCUGGUCCACGAGUUCGUGCAGAACGAUGGCCUGGCCUGCCUCGUCAAAGUGGGCUCGGAGGCGGACCAAAACUACCAAAACUACAUACUGAGGGCCUUGGGCCAAGUGAUGCUGUACGUGGACGGCAUGAACGGUGUCAUCGAACACAUAGAGACCAUCCAGUGGCUCUACUCCCUCAUCUCCUCCAAGUACCGGCUGGUCGUGAAGACGGCCCUCAAGCUACUGUUGGUGUUUGUCGAGUACUCCGAUUCCAACAGCCUGUUGCUCAUGAACACUGUCAACCUCGUCGAUUCCGAGAAAGGUAUGUUGCCUUGGUCGAACAUCAUGAAUUUGCUCAAAGAAAAAGAUUCGGCAGACAUGGAAUUGUUAGUUUAUGCAGUGACCCUCAUCAAUAAGACUCUGAACGGGAUUCCAGAUCAAGACACGUAUUACGACAUCGUGGACCACUUGGAGGAGCAGGGGAUGGAGAACGUCAUUCAGUAUUACAUGUCCAAGCAGGGCACCGACCUCGAUCUUCUGCAGCAGUUUCAGAUAUACGAGGCUGUUUUGAAACACGAAGACGGUGUACCAGACACCAAACCUUUACCGCUGGAUGCGCGUUUUAGACAAAUCCCAAGGAGCCGCAAAUCAUUGGCUGACGACAACGACCGUCGGAAAAGCCGCAGGCACUCGGUGGGGACGGUGAGCAACGGGGACACCUCCAAACCUCUCAAAUUCCAUAGCAGGUCCCUCGAGAACACACCUGAGGAGUCGUCCUUCAAUUGGCAGGACAGAAAUCAAAACCACAAUGAACCAAAGAAAAAUAACCAAAUAAAUGGACAUAUGAAUGGCACCGAUCUCUCGGAAACAAACGGGCACGAGUACAGCGGCAUAACUCCUUCUUUGAGGCGGCGUCGGGAGAGGGACGCCCGCAACAAGUCCCUCAUUAAGGAGCAGGAAGAAAAUGGCCGCAGCCACCGCUCCGAUAGCCUCUCCUCUUGCGGCAGCCUUCUAUCAGACGAGCAGGCCUCAGAACUCAAGGCAACCUAUAACUCUUUGGUGGAUCGACAUCGUUCCCGGUUUGAGAAUCACAUUGAACUGGAAAACCGCAAGAACAAUGAAAUAACCAAACUAAAAGAAGAUAAGCUCAACGAGGACAACUCCAACCUCAGGCCGAACACGUUGCCUUACAACCAGAAUCAAAAGAAAUCUUGGAUGCUAUCUAUGAUGUACGGCAAGAGCCAGGAGGAAGAACCUAGAUCAACUGACAAUAAUCUCAGCAACGGCGUCGAAAUAGUGAACAACAACUAUAUUGUUUACAACAAAGCUAGAGAUGAAGCCAUUUCUUCCAACUGUAACCUUAAUAACCUGAAAAGGGAAGGAAGUGUGAAAGAUAUGCAAGAAAAGUUCAUAUACCGAAAUGGUGACAGUGGCGUUCGGUCACCGACAUUUGGGGACAACAUGUCUCGAAUAGGUGACUCCAGCGGCAUCAUUAGCAGAGCAAAAGAAGGAUUGGCAUCUAGUAAAACAUCUUCAAAGCCCACAUCUCCCUUGUCUCCAUCCGCUUCAUUUGUGCAAGAGAUUUCCAAGAAAGCGGAUAGCGAUGUUCAGUGGGAACAGUUGGUCAAAUCUGUUAAACGACCUCUGAUCAUCAAUGAUUUAGACUUCACGGAUCUCAGAUCUGAUGAAGACGUCGACUUCUUAGAGACUCUGGAUCCAGAAGUGGGCUCGGAUGUAAAUGGAGGACCUCCACCACCUCCCUUACCUCCAGGUUUGGGCCCACCACCUCCACCGCCUCCGUUGCCGCUGGGGGCAGGGCCCGUUGCCCCGCCCCCUCCCCCUCAAAUGCAAAAGAUGCCCCCUAGAGUAAACGGUACCUCCACUCCACCUACCUGGUUAAAGAGGAACCAACAUCAGCAUAGCCAAGACAGCUCAACUAAGAACUCGCAAACAAUGGCCAAUGGGAAGACGAAAAAGACGGUCAAGCUCUUCUGGCGAGAGGUGAAAGAAGACAAAUCUCUUCUGAAGAGAAUUGGCAAAAAGAAGACGAUAUGGGAUGAGCUGAAACCUGUUCCAGUGGACACCCAGAAAUUGGAACAUUUGUUCGAAAACAGGGCAAAGGAAUUGGUGAACAAGAAGUCCCAGGAGGCGGUACGCAAGAGCGAGAUCAUAGUGCUGGACACUAAACGCUCGAAUGCUAUCAACAUCGGCAUGACGAAACUGCCUCCCCCUAGGACCAUCAAAACGGCCAUCCUAAAGAUGGACAGCACCAUCAUGAACAGGGAAGGCAUUGAGAAGAUUCUGACGAUGCUGCCGACGGAAGAUGAGAAGACGCGCAUUGCCGAGGCCCAGAUGGCAAACCCAGAUGUUCCCCUGGGGACGGCCGAACAGUUCCUGCUCACGCUCUCUUCCAUUAGUGAACUCGAGGCUAGACUCAGGCUGUGGGCUUUCAGGUUAGACUACGAAACACUCGAGAAGGAGGUGGCUGAGCCUCUGAUGGACCUGAAGCAAGCCAUUAAGGAGAUAGAAACAAGCGAGACGUUCCGAGUGAUCCUGUCCACGCUGAGGUCUGUGGGCAACUUCCUGAACGGUGUCGAGAUCAAGGGUUUCCACAUCGAGUACCUAUCCAAAGUUCCUGAGGUGAAAGACACGGUUCAGAAGCACUCCCUGCUGCACCAUCUGUGCCAUAUCGUCAUGGAGAAAUUCCCAAAGUCCAGCGACCUCUACUCCGAGAUUGGGGCAGUCACCAGAGCGUCGAAGAUUGACUACGGUGAGGUGACAAAGAGCUUGAACAAAAUGGAAAGCGAGUGCAAGGCUUCAUGGGAUUACCUGAAGGCUAUUCUAAAGCACGAUUGUAACAUAACACUCAAGGUUAGAACAACCGAAUUUCUGACGGACUGUGCGGAAAGAAUAAUUGUUCUAAAGGUUAUUCACAGGAGAAUGAUCAACAGGUACCAUAAAUUCCUGGUGUACUUGGGUUGCACGAGCCAGAGUAUCGAGGAACUGCCUAUUCAGCGCUGCUGCCGAAUCCUAAGCGAAUUCGCCCUGGAAUACCGCACCACCCGUGAGAGAGUACUGCAGCAAAUCGAGAAGAAGGCCAACCAUCGGGAGAGGAAUAAAACCAGGGGAAAGCUCAUCACCGACAUGGAACGUUUCAAGACGAAGGAGCAACAGGCCGACCAGGAGCUUCGUCAGCUGCUGGGCAGCAAUGGAGCAGGGCCCACCGAGGACCACAAGACACAAAAAUGGGGCACAGUGCCUGGCAUAAGAGGCAGGGUCAGGCCCCAAAUCGGUCCAGGCGGCAGCCUCGGUAGGCACAGCGCUCCGGCCAAGGAGGAGGUGGAUGACGAGAUCCUGGAAAGCCUUGUGAAAACGGCCACCACGCAACCCGCACGAAACGAACCCCGCAUACGCAAGAAGGCGCGUUACGGGGACAGGAAGUCACUACGGCGAACUCUGAAAGGAGGUCUGACUGAAGAAGAACGGAACAUGCUAAGCACGAUGACUACUUGAUCAAAUCUGUGAUUCUACCCUCUUCCUCUUCUCAAGUCAUCAAGACAGUCCCAUUGUGAUACGAACACGAGAACUCUGUCUCGUUCAAAACUGGUUCGACUUCCCGCCAAAAACCUUUCCAUGCUGUAAGCAGCAGGUUGCAAGAAAGGAAAUCUUCUCAUAUUCAGAAAGCUUCAGUUGCCAUCACGUAUCUAUCACCUUUGACUUCCGAAACAGAUUCCGAAUUCUGCUACUGGAUUUCCUGUAACCGCAAUCAGAUCUUUCUGAAGGACUCGGUGGCGUAGUGAUAGUUCAUAUAGAGGCAUGCUACUGUUGUAAUGCUCUUUGUCCUUUUUAGCUUAAAAAAGAUGGCAAAUCCCUAAUAUUUUGUCUUCAUGGCGACCUUCAAGAUUACCUCUCAAUGCAAUCUAGACUUUUUUUUAUGCUAUCAUUACGCCACUGCCCAAAAAGUAAUCCACCGGAUCAUACCAAGGAGAUACUCGAAUGUUUUAUUUAUAUGAGAAGGGCACUUUUCGAUUUCCGAAAAUGUAUCAUUUUUUUUUUGUUGCUGUUGUUGUUGUUAUUCUAUUUUAGAAAAUGAAAAUUAACUUUUUAAGCAUUCUUGAAGUGGACAUUUUGUUUCAAAUUCAAAGAAAAGCAAUUUGUAUUUCACAAUGAUUCACCGUUGAAAUCUUGUUAUCUUCUUUCAUGUGUUAGUAGUAUAUUGUUGUUUGAAAUAUCGAAAUUCGAACUAUUAAACAUUCUCCCAGAAACCUCUUCAAUACACAAAAUUGUCAGUUCCCGAAAUAUUCUCCACAGAUGUCGGUCGAUGAAAUUUUUAUUGGACUUUAAAUUGACCACUGGGCCCUAAUUACAAAUCAGAGGACAAGCAAAGCUUAAGGACUUCUGAAUGGACAGCACAGGAGGAGGCCAUUCGGUGGGGUAUUUUUUUCACUAUUUGGCAAACGUUCCCUAUAGAAUUCGUGCCUGCAUUUUAGCCCCAGCAGCAUCCUAUCCUGUAAGUGUUGCCGUCAUCAUCCAUAAAAGAGCCGUCAUUGGCGGGCUAAAAAUUCACAAAUGUUCGUGUUAUCCAUGGAUACCAAUCAGAAAUAGAUGGUAAUUGGUACAAAAACAUAUCACUUCCGGUAAUGCGUCCAGCAGAACCUUGGUGGAAAUAAAGUAAUCCGCAUGAUUUUUCAUAAUUUCGUAAUAGCUCCUUAAAUACUCGCAGGUUUCUAAUUCAAUGGCUAUUACCUGCAUGUAAUGAAGAAAUCUGAAAAUCACGUGAGAGAAUGUGGCCCUUAUGUGUGAAUAGGUCUCUUGUUCAAUAUUAUUUCGUACAUCAAAGAUUCAAGAAAAAACGCCAAUAUAAUUUUUAAUAUAAUUCAUAAAAACUGUAUAUGAAUUAUAUUGGAGAAAAGCAAUAGGUUUAGAAAUGAUGGUUAACUGUCAUUUUCUAUAAGUAGUAAUUUAUUAAUUAUUAAACAUUUAAGACCAGAAAGCAUUCACUAUUGCACCUAUACGGCCGUUCAAAAAUAUUAUGUUUUUUAUCACUUGAACCGAAAUUUAUCAUUUCACGUGACAGUAUCUUAAGCUCUUUAUAUUAUAUUAAGUAUUAUUUAAGUAUUGAAUAAGUAUUAUGAUAAAAUGUUCUGGUUGCCAUCUAGGGAAGAGCUCAGGGUUAUUUGACUUUCAAUUUUGAAAAUCAAAUACCUCUCGUGUGUCUGCCUAUUCUUGUCUUCACUUAAGGCAGUAAUCCAGACACCACAAAUAUUGUAAUAAGAGGCAAGGAAGUGAAAUUAUCGGCUAACUGAUGAGAGGCGAGACAGAUUUCUUCUUCGAGGAUAAUGAAGUUCUGCAUAGAGCGAAGGAAGGGAUUAAAAAUAAGAAUUUGACAUCUAAUAUAGAUUAGAGGAAGAUCUAAAAAACAAAUGGAACUUUUUUGGAAAAUCAUAAAUUCGAUCAUUUUCCUUAGAUUUAGAUUUUCCUAUCGCUCCAUUUGAUAGCAGUUUUUAUAACACUUUUCUGACUUUUACACUUCUGACGUCUUUUGAUAGAUUUUACAAAGUUAGAUUUUCCAUUUCCAUUUUAGAGACAUUUAUAUAAAAUUAUUCGAAUUUUCCUACUCAGCUAUUUUUAAAUAGAAUUUUUGGUAUUUCUUCAGAAAACAUGCUUAAUGUGACUGAGACGAUUUCUUAAUGGGAUUUUAGCCCCUUUCGUAUCUGUAUAAGGAUUUUAAGCGUCACCCAUUUAUGAUUACGUCAAUAUAAAAGUCUUCGACAUUCAGCAAUAAUUAGAUGAUUUCAAUGAAUAUUCACAAGAAUAGUCGUUUGUUUGAAAGUGAUUUAAAUGGAAUUGUGAUUUCAAUGAAUAGCUCAAAAAUAAUAUCGAUUGUGAUAAUGCUGAAAAUGGCUGAAGAAAUUCACCUGAUUCUAAGUUAUAUUUUAAAGAAAGCACUUUGAAUUCUUUCUCUGGCAGGUUUUAUGCUAUCUGAAAUCGAACCUGUUAUUGCUAGUCAGAUAUGUUACUAGUUUAUUUUUCAUUUUUUUCAGUAACUUUCAUUUUAAUUUUUAAAAAAAAACUAAAAUAAAUGCAAUUAAAAAAAGAAAAGAAAAAUCUAUAUUAUAUUUCGAAAUAAAGCUUACAAAAAUAUCUGUUCAAACUUUUCAAAAACUUGAUCAAACUAUCUUUUUUAUUUUUUAUUGGUUGAUCAGAAACUUAUCGCUUCAUUGAUUGAAAACGAUGCCUCUGCACAAUCAACGAAUUCUUUCAGAUGCAAGACCGAUUCAAUCUUCUUUCUGUUCAUGUAUAAAUUCAUCGGACAAGAAAGAUAGCAAUCCGUGUUGUUAACUGCUGUCUUUAUUAAAUUUCGAAUAAACUUACACAUUAUCAAAAAACCAACAUCAAUCUAAGAAAAGAGAAUCUUAAAAAGACAGUUUCUUAUGAGGUUAGUACCCGUGGUAAACCCCAGUCUCGGAAAUAUACUGGUUAAAGCUGAAUAAAAAAUCUUUUGUUUAGAAUAAUUUUGUACAUUAAGUAUAUAUUCAACUGCUCUAGAAAUUUCAUAAAUGUCUUCCUGCUUUGUGCCAAACAUGUACUCUAAAAUUUGUUGUUUGUCAUUUUAAUUUCAAAAAUUAUUUCAAACUGUAUGUGAACUUUCUUAACGUAUUUUCAUUCAUUUGGUUAUUUUUAAUAACAAAAUGAUUCCCGAAUAAUCCUCCUACAUAGAGUUAAAUGAAGCUCAGGAUUAUAUUUACAUAAUUGUACUGUAACUGCUUGUAAUGUACUGAUGAAUUUUUAUUAAAAAAUCUAAGUUGACGGAUGGAAUUUUGUUCAACUUUUGCUUCAUACUUCGUGCUUUAAUGUCAGAAAAUCAAAUUCACAUGUAUUGAAUUUAUGUGCAUUAGAAAAAUUAUGUUGUUGAAGUUGAAAUAUGAUAAAAUGUAUUACAUUAAAAUUCAUAUUUAAAGCUAGACAAACUCGUGCCAAUUUUCCUUCCAUUAUGUGAACUUUUAUUUCAUCUUUUCAAAUUUCGUUAAAUGUGCCUAAUUUACUUCAUAAACUCAAACCGAAAAAUUUAUAUUGCCAGAAGGCAAAAUAAUGCUCUACAAAUAGAUCUGAAAAUGUGUUUUUUGAGUUGGUUCCUAAUUGCAUCCAAAUCAUCUAAUGUCGCCAAGAACGAGGGCAAUUGGCUAAUAAAAAAAUACAAAAAAAAAAAAAAAAAAAAACCCUCGAGUCUUAAAAUAAGCAAUAAAAUUCGCCGUAAUUUGAAGUUUUCUCUAGUCGCUUGACUUAACGUUAAAUUGGGAAUUCAGAUUUAAAAAAAUAUAUAUCAGAAUUUUCACUUCUUUUAUGAACAUUAGGAAACUUAUAUGUAAAUCAUUAAACUGCACUCUUCAUAUUGAAGUUUCAGUUUAUAUUAACGAAGCGGUACCCGGUUCCUUAAAAGUAUUAAUUGACUUAAAUAGUUAUUAUUAAUUAUUAUUUUAUUUAUCUAAGCAACUCUUUAUUUUUAAUUAUGUAUCGUUUUCUAUAAAAUUUAUUAAAUGUUAAAAAUAUUUAUUGCCAAUUUUAGUUUUAAAAAUAUCGUUUUAUCGCGCUUAUUUUAAGAUUCCAAUUUUUUUAAUUCGAAUUUUUAUUGUGGUUCUAUCAACUUUUAAUUAGUUACAUACUACAGUAUUUACCUUUAUUACUGGAUUUGUUUUUCUUUUUCUGCUCAACAGUUAAAACUCCGAUUUCAAUUGAAGCUUCUACGCAAGUGGGUAAAGCUCAUGUGAUGUAAUGUCUAAUAUAUAAUCCCUCCCACUGUAUAUUAUUUGCGGCUAUUUUUUGGAAAUGAUCAAAGCACUUGUUCCCUUCUCAAAUUUGUGGUUUUUAAUGACUGUAUGUGAGUGAGUUGAAUUAUUUUGUAUAUAUUUGAACUGUCAUCUCACUUGGCAGCUAGAGCUGUGAUUCUUUUUUUUUUUUUUUUUUUUUUGCUCAUAUUUUAUGUAUUGUUUUUGUUUCGAUUUUUGAAUGAGAAAGGGAGAGAACUUGCUCUCUCGUGCAUUUUAUUUGAAUCUGCAGUUGUACAUUUCACCCAAAGCUUUCAUAUGUUGAUUGAGAAGAAAUAAAUUGUUUAUACAUCUUAA